AUGGCCGUUGGUGCAGAAUCCGAAAGACGGCCCAUCCCGGCCGAUGAGCCGUACUAUGACCUUGGUGAUUAUCGCCGAACCAUCACUACACGCAACCGCGAUGCCCAAAUCUGGUUCAACAGGGGGCUGAUCUGGGCCUACGCCUUCAACCACCACGAGUCGGCCGCCUGCUUCGAGCAGGUCGUCGCCCACGAUCCCACCUGCGCCAUUGGGUACUGGGGAAUAGCCUUCGCAUCCGGGCCCAACUACAACAAGGGCUGGAGAAUAUUCGACGCCAAGGACCUCGAGACGACGGUGAGGGUAUGCUACGAGAUGGCGCAAAAGGCCAAGCAACGUUGCUCCACCGCGAGCCCGGUCGAAAAGGCCUUGAUCGACGCCAUCCAGCUGCGCUUCCCGACCGCGCAGGUGCCCGCCAAGUUCAAGCCUUCCGUCCGCUCAUACGCCGAGUGCAUGACGCAAGUAUACCGCCGCUUCGGCGCAGACGACCUAGACGUCGUCACGCUCGCCGCCGACGCGCUGAUGGCGGUCUCGCCCUGGAAGCUAUACAGGGCGCGCACCGGCGAACCUGACCUGUCCACCCCCGUGCUGCAGGUCCGCGAUAUGCUAGAGCGCGGGCUCACGCGGUCGGACGCGCGGCGGCACCCCGGCAUUCUGCACAUGUAUAUCCACCUCGUGGAGAUGUCCAAGACGCCCGAGCGUGCCAUCGUGGCGGCGGAUUACCUCCGGGACCUGGUGCCGGACGGUGGCCACAUGCACCACAUGCCCAGCCACAUCGACGUCCUCGUCGGCGACUACCGGCGGGCGCUCAACACGAAUCUCAAGGCGACGUUUGCGGACGACAAGUACGUGGCGCGGGAGGGCGCGCGUAAUUUUUACUCCUUUUACCGCAUGCACAACUUUCACUCCCUCAUCUACGCGGCCAUGAUGGCUGGCCGGUCCGCCGCGGCGCUGGAGGCGACGGCUCGUAUGGAGGCGACGAUUACGGAAGAUUUAUUACGGAUGGACUCGCCGCCCAUGGCGGAUUGGCUCGAGUUCUUCAAUUCGGUGCGGGUACACGUCUUCAUCCGGUUUGGCCGGUGGAAAGACCUCCAGGUGCUCCCUAUUCCCCAAGACGGGCAACUCUACUGUGUAACCACGGCGAUGGUGCGGUACGGAAGGGCCAUUGCAUGGGCUGCAACGGGCAACGUGCCUCGCGCCGAAGAGGAACGUGCUCUCUUCCGAGCCGCUUGCACGCGUGUGCCCCCUACGCGGCUCGAUUUCCCCAACAAGGUGGUCGACAUCCUCAAAGUCGCCGAAGCCAUGCUCGACGGCGAGAUCGCUUACAGAAGAGGGGACUACGACCAGGCGUUUGCGCAUCUCCGCCUCGCUAUCCAGCGCGACGACGACCUCGUCUACGCAGAGCCCUGGGGCUGGAUGCUCCCGACACGGCAUCCGUACGCCGCCCUUCUCCUCGAGCAAGGCCACGUCGAACAGGCGGCUGCGGUCUACGAGGCGGAUCUGGGGCUAGAUGACCAGCUGUCCCGCGCGCUGCAGCACCCGAACAACAUCUGGGCGCUGCACGGUUAUCACGAGUGCCUCGUCCGCUUGGGCCGACGCGGGGAAGCAAGGAUGGUGGCCAAGCAGCUGGAAAUCGCAGCGGCUGGUUCCGAUACCGUGAUUCAAGCCUCGUGCUUUUGCAAAUCUAGUGUGGGUGGGGAUGGGUACUCGGCGGUGGCUCCGGCGCCGGCGUGCGAUGGGGAUCCGGCCGUGGAUUAA